UCCGGCAGCCAUCGCGGCGCUGGGGCCGGCCCUCUGCCCCGGGCAGAGAUGCAGCGGGGUGCGGUGGCCUUCGAGGACGUGGCCGUGCACUUCUCCCCCGAGGAGUGGAGGCUACUGAUGCGGUGGCAGCGGCAGCUCUACUGGGAGGUGAUGCUGGAGAAUCGGGACCUGAUUGCCAGCCUGGUCUCCGAGUCCAAGUUUGUCUGCAAAAUGGAGGCUGAGGAGAAAUCGUAUGUGGGGGACCUCUGCGACAGAGGGGACAGGGGAGCUUCUGACACCUCUGGAACCUCUGCCUGGGAUAUGGCUGCUGCUAAGGAACUGUCUGAGGAGGACAACAAGGGAUGCUGGGUCCCAUUCACGGUGCAAGCCAGCACGGCCAAGGUGUGGUACCCACAGCUCCGCUCCAGCUUGUGUGACACACAGACCUGGGAUGGAGCCUCCCCCCAGGGGCUGCCGGGGAGCGAGCAGGUGCCGGUGUCCAGGACGCUUCUCAUCUGCGGCAUCUGUGGGCAGAGCUUCGAGGAUGAGGCCCAGCUGCGAGUACACCAGGGUGAGCACCUGCACCCGGCACCCUCCUACCAGUGCAGGGCCUGCGGCAAAGUGUUCCACCACCACCGCAACCUCCUGACGCACAAGAAGCACCGGGGCCGGCAGCAGCACAUCUGCACCGAGUGCGGCAGCACCUUCUGCUUGAAAGGCGACCUGCUGCGGCACCGGGCGAGCCACGGCAGCGAGAGCAGCCACUGCUGCCUGCUGUGCGGGGACAGCUUCCGCCACAAGUGUGAGCUGCAGGCUCACCUCAAGGAGCACGCUGCCGGCAGCGCCUGCCACAAGUGCCCCGACUGCAAGGAGUGCUUUGAGGACGAGGCCAGCCUGAGCCGGCACCGGGUGGCACACGGUGAGGAGCAGCCGUUCUGCUGCCGGCGCUGCGGGCGCAAGUUCAGCUGGCAGGAGAGCCUCAUCAUCCACCAGCGCAGCCACGCACAGGAGCGCUCCCACAAGUGCCCCGUGUGCGGCCGCUGCUUCAGCCGCAGUGGGUACCUGCUGGCGCACCAGCGCGUGCACACGGGCGAGCAGCCCUUCUCCUGCCCGCAGUGCGACAGGUCCUUCCGCAACAAGGCCAACCUCAUCACCCACAAGAGGCUGCACCGCCGCUGCCACACCUUCACCUGCCCCCAGUGCCACCUAAGCUUCAGGUCCAAGAGCGUGCUCCUGCGGCACCAGUGUGAGCAUGCGGAGCACAAUGCCAGGAGCCUUGGUGCAGGGGGUGAGCAGGCUGGCUGCCAGCACCCGCGGGGCCGCGGCCCUUUGUCUGCCGCCCCGCGCGCCGCUGCCGCCCCGGUGCGCUCCGCGGCCAUCGCCGGUUCUGGUAGGACCCCAGCAAUGGAGCAAGAGGAGCAGCUGUUCGGGGGGAACCCACUGGACAUGAGGCUUCAGGCAAUGCCCAAUCCCUGCGGCACAGGAAAGGGCUGGGACGGUGCAAAGGGUGAGGUCGUGGUGAAAAUGGAACCAGAGGAUGAAUCCUACAUCGGGUGUCCCCAGGGCCUGGAGGCCACUGGCCCUGGUGUCUCUGGCACUGGCAUCAAGGCUGAAGUAAUUGGGAAAAGUGAGGAUGAAGAUGUGACAUAUGGAAUUUACAGCUCCGGCUCCCCGGGGCAGGAUGUGACCCCUCCUGACAUGGCCUGCGAUGCCAAGCCCGAGGUCAUCAUGAAGGUGGAGCUGGAGGAGCUGCACAUCGGGUGUCCUGCAGGAGCUCCUGGUCACUGCAGUGGCACAGGCACAGGUGGCAAGCAGUGUCCCAAGGAGGAGCUGGAGGAGACGAAACCAGGGUCAUCAAAGCUGGAGCAGAGCCUGGGGGCUGCUGGGGAUGGUUCCCUGGGGCCACGGCCCCAUGUCAGCCAGUGGACGGUGCACCAGAAACAGGGCACCGUGCCCGAGCUCCGGCACAGCCCAGCAGUGCCUGGCGGACCACAGGUUACCCCCAAGCCACGAGGGCUCUGCCUGGUGAUGGACGUGGCUCCGAUGGUGCCAGUGAGUGCUGCUGGGCAGGUCCCGCCCUCCGCCUGUGGGACAGGCAGCACCACGGCCCCCAGCUCCGAGCCGGCGCGGCAACCCUGCAGCCAUGCAUCCGAGCGUCCCUUCGCCUGCAGCGAGUGCGGGAAGAGCUUCCAGCACCGGGGGAACCUCGUCACCCACCUGCGAGUGCACACUGGGGAGAAGCCCUUUGCCUGCACUGUCUGUGGCAAGAGCUUCAGCCAGAAGGGUGACCUGAUGCGCCACCAACGCAUCCACACUGGUGAGAAGCCAUUCUCCUGCACCGUUUGCGGCAAGAGCUUCUGCUCCAAGCAGACCUUCAUCCUGCACCAGCGCAUCCACACGGGUGAGAAGCCCUUCUCCUGCACUGAGUGCGGCAAGAGCUUCAACCGCAAAGCCAACUUCCUCACACACCAGAAGAUCCACCGUGGCGAGCGCCCCUUCAUCUGUGCCGAGUGCGGCAAGGGCUUCUGUGCCAAGAAGACCUUCAUUCUCCACCAGAAGAUCCACGUAGGCGACCGGCCCUUUGGCUGCUCCGAGUGUGGGAAGAGCUUCAGCCGCAACGGUGACCUGACACGGCACCAGCGCAUCCACACGGGUGAGCGGCCCUUCGCCUGCGCCGACUGCGGCAAGUGCUUCAGCCACAACGGUGAGCUCAUCAAGCACCAGCGCAUCCACACUGGCGAGAAGCCCUUCACCUGCACUGAGUGCGGCAAGAGCUUCAACCGCAAGGGCACCCUCAUCACCCACCAGCGCAUCCACACGGGCGAACGCCCCUUUGCCUGUGCCGACUGUGGCAAAACCUUCAACCUGAAGACAACGCUGAUGAAGCACAAGCGCAUCCACACGGGCGAGCGCCCAUUCACCUGCCUCGAGUGUGGGAAGAGCUUCAAGUACAAGGGCAACCUGCGGACGCACCACCUCACCCAUGCCGUGGAGCGGGUCUACCCCUGCACCGAGUGCGGCCGCAUCUUCGCCCGCAAGAAGGAGCUGACGGUGCAUCAGCGUGGGCACACCGAGGAAAGGAUCCUCUCCCGGUGCCGCAAGGGAGAGCCCUUCAGCCCCUUCUUCCCUGCGCACCCGCUCCUUGUGCCCUGUGCCCAGCGCCCUGUGCCGCUCUCCAAGUACAAGUAGGGGUUGGUGGCUAUAGGGACAGCCCAGCAUCCUGCCCAGAGGUUACCACCAAUGGAGUGGUGAGAGGAGGAGUGAGACCACCACCAGAGCCUUGGGCCUGCUGUGGGGCCAGGGUGUGGUGGGAUCAGUGGUUUUCCCAACUGCCAGAUGCCAGGGAGGAGGCGCUGGCUGGGGAUGCUGCUGGCUUUUGGUAGUGCCCUGCUCUGGUUGGGAGCUGGUGCUCCAGCCUCACCGGGUCCCCAUGUCAUGGCACAGUUUGUGUUAUGGCACAAACUGGCAUCCUCCACACAAAAGCUGCUGCUCAGAAACAUUCCAAAAGCAGAUUGUGAUAGGAAAAGUGAGGCCAGGGGUCCCAGUGCCAGGUUUUCUGUCCCUGACACUGUAAAAUGGGGCAGCACCCGCUGCUGUAGCUGCUCACAGGAUGGUGAGGGGUUAACCCGUUCCUGGCUGUUUGAGGGCAAGGAAGGGCCCAGGAGGUGGCUGCUGGACACACGUAUUUAUAGCUCCUUCUUUUUUAUUUUCCCCCGACACAGAAACUAA